CUGAACCCUAUAAUACUUAUACCUUCCCCCUCUUACCCCCCAAUCUCAGAGCUCCAAUCCAAAAGACUCUUCAGUUUUCGCCCACUCUCCGCACAGAGAAAAUGCAGGGAAGCACAAGGAGCCCCAAGAAGGCAGCACAGAAGCAAGAGCCUUACCAUGUUAUUCACAAGCUCCCUCCUGGUGAUACUCCUUAUGUUCGAGCCAAGCACCUUCAGUUAGUUGAGAAGGAUCCUGAGGCUGCCAUUGCUUUGUUUUGGGAAGCAAUAAAUGUUGGGGAUAGAGUAGAUAGUGCCCUCAAAGACAUGGCAGUUGUUAUGAAGCAACAAAACAGAGUCGAGGAAGCAAUUGAAGCUAUCAAGUCUUUCAGGGACCGCUGCUCAAAGCAAGCUCAGGAAUCGUUAGACAAUGUUCUCAUGGAUUUGUACAAGAAAUGUGGGAAAUUAGAGGAGCAAAUUGAGCUGCUGAAGCAGAAACUUCGAAUGAUCUAUCAAGGGGAGGCAUUCAAUAGAAAGCCCACUAAAACUGCUCGGUCCCAUGGAAGAAAGUUUCAGGUCACCAUCCAGCAAGAGACGUCCAGGAUACUGGGUAAUUUGGGUUGGGCCUACAUGCAGCAAACCAACUAUGCAACAGCUGAAGUGGUAUAUCGCGAAGCUCAAACGAUUGACCCUGAUGCCAACAAAGCCUGCAACUUAGGGCUGUGCCUGAUCAAGCAAGCACGAUAUGAUGAAGCACGGUCUGUUCUUGAAGAUGUAUUACAUGGUAAAUUUUGUGGAUCCAAUGAUCCCAAGUCAAGAAACCGAGCCCAUGAAUUGCUGGAGGAAGUAGAGCCAUGGCAAUCUGAAGCGGUGUUUCCAAGCACCUCAGAAGUAAGUUUGGAGGAUUGUUUCUUUGAGUUGAUGAAGCAAUCAAGCCCAUCUAGAACAAGGAGACUUCCCAUCUUUGAAGAGAUCUCUCCAUUCAGAGAUCAACUGGCCUGUUGAUCUCAUCUUUUUAUACGUUUGUUUCUUUAACAGAAGAGUGUGUGGAGAAUAACUAUGGUCAUGAAUGUAUAUUCUAUUAUAUUGUUUGAAAUGGAAAGUAAUAGUACAGUCUCUAAAAA